AUGAAAACAAACCAGAAAUGUUUCUUCUUCCUUCUGAACAAAAGGCAUUAUAACCCCCCAAGCAAGAGGAAAUGGAGUAAGCAAAACGAUAAAUACAAAACGAGGAGACCCCUGGCGGAGAAUUCGAAUGUGCACAAAAUUAACAUUAAGGGAGAAUACUGGAAGCAGAAACAUGUGAAUAAACAGUUUGUUGUGGAAAAUGGGAACCAAGAUAUGAUAAAUGAAAAGACAAGUUUAAAUUUUUUUGGCUACCCAAAUAUAUCACUGCAUAGCAAAUUGGGGGGCAGCUUAUAUAUUGAACAAAUGGACGAAAUAACUCUAUGUGUAAUUAUGAAUAAAUGCAUAAAAGAGAACAUUUUGGAAAGUUUCAUCUGGAAGAAUCUGCUAAACAGAUGCACAAGAAUUGCGCACAAAGUUAAUGGAAAUGUGUUAAGCUAUAUAUUUAAAUACGCCUCGCAGGCAAUUUUCUAUAACCACUACUUUUUUCUGACCAUGCUUGGGAAUAUCUGCACCAAUUUGUACUCCCUAAAUAUAAAAAACUGCGCAAAUAUACUCUAUGCAAUGAAUAAUAAUAACAGUUAUUAUAAUGAAGAGGUAUACAAAAAGGUGGUCGAGCACAGUUCCCUGCUUAUCUUGAACAGAAACGACAUCGAUGUUAAUAGUGUGUUAAGUCUGAUCAGCUCCUUUUACACUUUUAAUAGGAUUGGCACAAAUGGGUGCAACUCCGACGACGGGAACUCCCUACACAUUAGGAAAAAUGUGAACAACGCUUAUUUACUUUUCGAUAGCAUUGCCAAGACGUUUAAUAGGUACGAUCUCGAUUUGAGUGAAAUUGACUCUGUGUGCUCGGCUCUCCUUGUCUAUUGCCAACUGGAUAGGGUCAACUUGUUCAUCCAGGAAAGGAACAGAAAUGUGAUAGAAAAAUUAGUAAUCUACCUGAACGACAACAUGGAGAAGUUAAAUAUAAAGCACAUAUCCAUUUUAUGCUUUGCGGAUUGUAUUUUUACCAAGGGAAAAUUUUUAAAGUGGAAUUAUAUCUUUGCAAAAAUUGAAAAGGAGUAUUACAUGCUGGAUAACAACUAUCUUAGCAUUUUGUUUUACGCAUUGAGGGACAAACUGGUGCAUCGGAAGAGAAUUUAUAAAAUUAUUUACAACCAUAUUUUGAAUGAUUUAACUAACACUUCAUUGGAAAAUAUAUCCCUGGUGACAUACCCCUUUUUGAAAUAUGGGGUCUUAGAAGAUGCGCACAGUGGGUGGGGACGCAACGGGAGUGAGGACCCUCUACACAAGAGGAGCGCGAAGAAGAAAGUCUACGACAAAGUGGAAGAAGAAUCCCCCUGUGCAGAGAAGGGUGCUCCAAAUUUGGAAGUAAAUUUAAGCCAUUAUUUUCACCUAUUUAACGAUUUCCUGUACGGCAAGGUGAAAUAUAAUAUAACUAACUUUAGCCUAUUUCAAGUGUACUUAAUUUUUAGAGGGUUAUGCGAAUCCAAGUUGACAAAUGAUAAGGUAGAGCAGUUAAAAAAAGAGAUCAUAAAACGGAUAUGUAGAGAUGUGCAUACAAUGCCAGCGUAUUUAUUAACGUACUGUAUGAAAAUUGUUACGGAGAAGAACGUACGGGAUAGCGAAUUAAUAACUUCGUUGAAGAACGUCAGUUUGGUGUACCUGAAUAUGUAUAAGAAGAUUUCCCUGGGCGACAGGGACUAUGCGAUCAACGAAGGUUCCACGCUGAUAGAGGAUUACUACAAUAGUGUGCGGGACGAUGAAGACCCGUCCAAGAGCGAUAUAACAUUUCUGUACAAUGAGAAAAAAAAGGAAGUGAAUUAUUUAUCGGAAAAGUAUAUACUAGAUUUGAAUUUAUUCAAUCCCCAAUUUAAGCACCUACGUGAAAAGUUUGGAAUUGCAAGGAAACAGAUUGAAAAGACGCUUGCACAUUCGCAGAGCUUUUUUUUUAAUUAUUAUUUGAAGGAAAAGCAGCUAGCCAAUUUUUUUUACUUUUCCAGCAUCAUAGAGGAGAAUGAAGCGCUAGCGUACUUUAACGAAGUUAAGACAGUUGUGCAGGAUCGAAUGGCACACGGAGAGUUGAAGUUCAGCCCAACCAGUAUUCUCCGCAUAUUAAUAUCGAUGGAUCAUCUGCACAUGGUUCAGAAGGACAAUGCCUUUUUUAGCACCCUUUUGCGGCAGCUGUGCGAUGAGAUAUACUCCUUGGACCUUUCUACCUUUUUGCAAUUCCUUUCGAUAUUUCAUAAGAACAGAAUUUCUCACUACUACUUUUUGAGGAAGGCUCGGUACAUAGUCAGCAUGAACAGGUAA